AUGGAUCCUGCUGGAUCUCCCGAUAUUUCGGCUUCUCCCAGCAAUGCCGCCGCUGCCGUGCCGCCAGAGAGCAAUGCCGCGAGUUCUUCCUCUCCCGCCGCUGCUCUAGUCGCGGCCGAGGCCGAGCAAGCUCCUCCUCCUCCAAAUCCAGCUCCAGGUAUUGUCAUCCAGGAGCCAGUACUGGCAGGGACUCACGAUCACGAGGCUAGCACCUCUGGCGGGGGUGGAGAUGAUCAAUGCGCUAGUCCAUGGCUAGCGUCUCCAGCGUCCACCAGUGCUCUUCAGUCGCCUCCUCACUCUCCCGUGGAGAGAGCUUUGAACGAGCUGGCUUUCAGUAGAUUCCGGAACAAUAUGCGUGUUGAGGCCAGGCGAUCGUCCGCUCGCCGGUCGCUGCUCGGUAGAUUGGGAGCUCUCCCAGGCGACGAGACGACGUUUUCUCAGCCAAAAGACCAACAUCCUUGGCAGCUGCAAAAUCCCAUUCCACCGUUCCCGGGAUGGGAUGGCUUAUCCACCGUCAUCUGCGGUUUCCUCCGAGUAAGAACAGUAGAAAAAUAUAAAGAAGUUUGUCACGGCUUGCUGAUCACUAUUGAGUUUUUCAUUGUAGAGGGUCAGUUGGCGAGAGGCCGUCUGUCAUCGCACCACCUGGAGGGCAACCGAUUUCUGCCUACCAACGUUUCGCUCGGGCUGAGUUUGCUGAGCACAUCUAUGGAGUUGGACGUCUGGUUUGGAAAAGAAUUUCCGUUGACGAGCUUAUUCGGCACUCAAGGGUAA